CUCAGUAUUGUAGACCGCUUUUCCAAGAUGACUCAUCUGGUUCCGCUCCCAAAACUUCCCACGUCAAAGGAACUCGGGCUCAUCCUCUCGAAGGAAGUAUUCCGCCUCCAUGGACUUCCGGCCAGUAUUGUCUCCGAUCGGGGUCCUCAGUUCAUCUCCCGCUUUUGGAGCGAGUUCUGCGCCCUCCUGGGAAUCAAGGUGGACCUGUCUUCUGGUUUUCAUCCCCAGACGGAUGGCCAAACGGAGAGGGCCAAUCAGGAGGUUCAGGAAUGGGAGGCUCGAGUCCUUUCGGCCCAUGCUGCAGCCCAGCGCUGCUACCGGGUCUGGCGGCGGGCUCGUCGGGCACUGAUGGACUCCUCCGCUGUGUACUCUAGGAUGGCCAACAGGUGUCGGGUCCCUGCCCCUGGUUAUCGGGUUGGUCAGAAGGUUUGGCUCUCCACCAAGGACCUUCCUCUGUGGUUAGAGAACCGUAAACUGGCUCCCCGUUUCAUCUGUCCCUUCCCUAUAGUGCGGAUCAUCAACCUGGUGGCUGUGCGCCUUGGUCUGCCCCAUACGCUCCGUGUUCACCCUACGUUUCAUGUUUCCAGGGUCAAGCCUGUGUCUCUGUCACCUUUGGCUCCCUCCUCCAGGCCCCCUCCUCCCACCCGGUUCGUUGCUGGGGGUCCGGUCUACACCAUGCGGCGCAUCCUCCGUUCCUGGCGGUGGGGCCGCAGGGUGCAGUAUCUGGUGGAUUGGGAGGGUUACGGCCCAGAGGAGCGAUCGUGGAUCCCUUCCCGGUUUGUGGUGGAUAGCUCCUUGAUCCGGGCUUUGCAUCGCUCUUGCCGGGGCAUGCCUGCUGGUCCGCUGGGUGCCGGCCCUUGA